AAAUCCAACGGCCCCAAACCCACAAUUUUCAAACACAGAUGAUAAAAAGGCAAUAACAAAAACGAAAGGCAAAAUUUUUAUUGAUUUUUCAUUUUAUUUCACCAUCUCUCUCUUGAUUUCUCUAUCAAUCUAUCGUCUAGUCGUGUAAUUCAUCUCUAAUUUGUCUAUCUUCGUCGUCAUUUUGGUGGGUUGAUGCUGAUUUUGAUUUUGUCGAAUUAGGGUUUUGAAAUUUGGGGUUUUGGUUAUUUAUGGGAUUGGGGGCUAAUGAAGACGAUGACGUGGUGGUUUAUGACGGAGUCGGCGAUGGAGGUGAGUGUAACAGCGGUGGUAAAGGGUUUGGCUCCAUUUCGUGCUCCAUUUGCCUUGAUUUGGUCACCGAUAAUGGAGAUCGGUCGUGGGCGAAGCUUCAGUGUGGCCACCAAUUUCAUUUAGACUGCAUUGGGUCAGCCUUCAAUAUAAAGGGUGCAAUGCAAUGCCCUAAUUGUCGGAAAAUUGAGAAAGGUCAAUGGCUUUAUGCAAAUGGUUGCCGUUCCUUUCCUGAGUUUAGCAUGGAUGACUGGACUCAUGAUGAAGAUCUAUAUGAUCUAAGCUACUCUGAAAUGUCUUUUGGAGUUCACUGGUGUCCGUUUGGUAGCUUAACACGACUACCUUCAUCCUUUGAAGAAGGAGAAUUUUCUUCAACUGCAUAUCAUGAUCUACUGGGACAACAUGCUAUCUUUGCCGAACACACAGCUGUGUCAUCCGCCACUCACCCAUGUCCAUAUAUUGCUUAUUUUGGACCUAUUCAUCCCUCAUCCUCAAACAGCAGUGUAAGUGUUUCAGAUAGUUCUAAUUUCAACAAUCCCUGGAAUGGUCCAUCAUUUCAUAGUGAGAUGCCAACUUCAUAUAGUUUUCCUCCCAUGGAUCUCCAUUAUCACACUUGGGAUCAGCAUUCUUCUCCCUUCUCUACAUCCAGUAGUCGAAUUGUUAGUGGUGAUCAGCCUUCGAUUCCACCUGUUACUCAGAGGUCAACGAGGACCACAUCUGAUAUACCAAGAUCAGGAUCUUUUAUGCAACCGAUCCUUGUUGGUCACAGUGCUAGAGCUGGAAGUUCAGUUGCUUCUUCUAUGAUACCUCCAUAUCCAGGCAGCAAUACCCGAGCACGUGACAGAGUUCAGGCUCUUCAGGCAUACUAUCAACAGUCUUCGCCAGCUAUGCGGACACCCAUCAUCCCUGGCAGUCGAAGAUCUAGUGGUCAUAGAGGUAUACCACAAGUGGGGCCAGUGGCCUCGUCAUCAGAUCAGACUGGUGGCUUCUAUUUCUUUCCUUCAGGUACAUCAGGCCGUAAUUACCAAGAAGCGGACAAUCUUCUGUCAAGUCGUUUCCAUGCAUGGGAAAGAGAUUCUUUGCCGUCAUUCUCCAUGAACCAGGUUGACCGAGAUUCCAGUUGGGGUGGAUUUCAUCAGACUGCCAGUGGCUCAGAUCCAGGCAUUAGACCCAGCAGCUUGCGACGAAGGCAUGGAUCUGAGAGGACAUUAACGCAAAAUCAGUCAUAGAUAAUUUCUUGCUGGUGCUAUUUUGGUGCAUCAAACUUAACACUACUAUGACUGAGACCAAAAUUAUGUAUGCUUGAGAAAUGAUAUAUAAUGCUUGGAGUCUAAAACAGACUCAAAAAACUGUGAGAGUGGCUUUCCAGAACAAUCCUUUUUCGCAGCCACAGGAGAUGUGAUAGAACAAUUUGGCUUCCUCUAGUUUCUUUGCCUUUGAGGAUAUGAAAUAAUAUCAAAUGUUGGAUGGCA